UAAGGGUCGCAUGGUGUACUAAUACAGUAGUAUUACUACUACUCUUCUCCCUCACGGAUCAUCCCCGGCCACUUUGAGCAUAAUAGAUAGGCCGCUUCUAACAUAGGGUUUCCCCCAGAUCUGAUUCGUCCUCGAAAAGUCAACUACUCGAGGGUUUUGGAAUCAGGUUUAUGGUCCAGCUCUUAGGGUGUUCUUGAUUUGAGGUUACGCCGCGCAGCCAAUGCAAUUUGAACAAAAUCUGGAGAUAUUUUCGGUGAAUUUUCGGGUACCGAAAAAAUUGAACAGAUUCAAGAGCGAACUCGCCGUUAUCAUCAACAACAAUGUCCUGGGCCAGUGCGGAAGAUAUCCACCUAUCCACUUCUCUUGCCAGCUAUCUUGAUAAGAAACUUCUUGUGUUGCUGCGAGAUGGUCGGAAGCUUAUCGGCAUACUUCGAUCUUUUGACCAAUUUGCUAAUGCUGUUCUUGAAGGGGCUUGCGAGCGAGUCAUUGUUGGCGAUAUCUAUUGUGACCUUCCACUAGGUCUAUACAUAAUUCGUGGAGAAAAUGUCGUGCUGAUAGGUGAACUGGAUUUGGACAAGGACGAGCUUCCACCACAUAUGACUUGUGUUUCAGAAGAAGAGAUAAAAAGGGCACAAAAAGCAGAAAGAGAGUCUACAGAUCUUAAAGGUACGAUGAGGAAGAGGAUGGAGUUCCUCGAUAUGGAUUGAUGCUUCCCUGUGCAUGAUAUCUGCUUCUUCUGCAUUUUUUGUCAUUUACUCGCAUCUUCUGCAAAUAUUAUCGCGGUUGUUGCUGGGUGGGUGCUGAGAAAUGUAGAUAUGAUCAGAUGGUCAAACAUUUCUCCUACAAAGCAUUGAGGGCCUUUAACUCUUCUUUUUCUUAUUUUUAACCUGGUCUAUCUACACCGAUUCUCUGCCCCUCACUAAAUCCAUUGCAGUGCUUAAAUUGUACUGGCGUUGCUAGGUCAAUGCUUUGUUUUUCUGUACUAGACCUAGGGUGUAACCAAACGAGUUUGGAGUGUGUUAUGCUGUGUUUGGGAUUGUCUUUUUUAGAGCAAAUGGUUGUUCGUACCAGUUCAUGUAGCGUUAAUGGUAUCUGGUAUCCAUAUUGCUCUUGGAGAUUCUUCUUCUUCAAUGUUCCGUUUGGGAAUCUGGAAAAUGUUAGGUGUCGCCG